CUCAUCGUCCUUCUAUCUCUCUGUAGUCUCUGCUCGUCCUUCUAUCUCUGCUCUUUCUCUUCUAUCCUCCAAAAGCAAAAAAAAAAAAAAAAAACUAUAAAUAAGUGAAAAAUUAGUGAGAUGGGAUUGCAGAGCCAGCUGAACGACGUGUCAUCGGAUUCGAUCCCACUUCUACUUCUGGCGCUCUUCGCCAAGUGCGUCAGCUACCUCCGUUCUGUCGUCUCCGGCCUAUUCCACUCUCUCGGUCUCUCCCGAUUCAACCCAGACAGCGCCGUAGACGAUGGUUUCGUGGCCGCCGUUGGGUCGGGCCUUGCCGGCCUAAUCGUCUUGGCCGAUCAGCUCAACCUCAACCGGGUGUUUUCCUUCGAGUACGUCGACAGCGAGGAGUCGGACCUCGUCGGCCGGCCCGAUUGCGUCGUGUGCCUCUCCGCGUUGAGGGAUGGGGACCAGGUGCGACGGCUAGCGUGCCUCCACGUCUUCCACAAGGAGUGCUUCGAUGGCUGGCUCAACCACCUCAAGUUCACGUGCCCUAUUUGUCGGUCGCCGCAGGUGUGUGAUGAGCGCGUGUCACUCACCGACCGUCGCGUCGGUGGAGACCUCCUCGCGUGGUUCUCCGUGCGGUGAUUAUGCACAACGAAGGAUCAUGAUGUGGUCGUCAUCCCAACCGUCGGUGGUUUUUUUCUUUCUGAAAUUUACAGUUUUAACCUUGCUUUUAUUAUUUUUGAGGGUUGGUGGCACUUGCAGUUUUGAACGUCGAACUUUAUUUUUAUUUAUUUUUCGUUCCUGUAUUUUUGAAGAACCCGUUUAGCUGGGCUUCUUUUGUAACCGCUGUAAAUUCUCCCAUCUUUUGUAGUGCUUAUAUAAUAAAGGAAGAUGGCUCUCUUCUCUCUCUC